AUGCCAGGAUCGAUCUGGAUGUACUGGCAGCUCUUGGUCACUCAAUUUCACACUUGUUUCUUAGGAACUGGAGAGGGCGACAGUGAAUCCAAGACCCGAUCUUGGACUAUAUACAUGAAGAAUGUGACUCCGGCUCCAACACCCGAGCAUCCUGUGGACGGAGGAAGCCAGUCAGGAGCUUCGGUCUGCCAAAGACUCUAUGAUCAAUGUCUGCAGGAUAUGCAGAGCUCUGCUUGCAGCUGCAGUGGAGGAAACGGCAACGGCAAUGGCAAUGGCAAUGGCAAUGGCAAUGGCAAUGGCAAUGGCAAUGGCAAUGGUGGUGGUGGUGGUGGUAAUAACGGUGGUGGAAAUAGUGGUGGAAACAACCAGAACGGCGAUAGUUCUGGUAAUCCUGACGUUCAAUGUGAGUUCAGAUAUUGUCUAACAAUAAGCCAUGUCGUUGUUCCCUUGACUUUACGAACGACACCCUAUGGUACUGCGAUAUUGACUGUCAGGCUUAGGUGGUUUCAAUGA